AUGUUAGUCCCACCACAAACAGAAUUUCGUGUUCCUAUUGGAACUAAACAAUUCAGAUUGAUUUGCCCAGUGAAAGAGAAAAACGAUGACCCUAUAAUGAUUCAGUGGAAGAAGAAUGAUGAACCAAUUGGAUUGGACUUUAACAAUCGUUUCAAGUUAGCCAGACUAGAUCGUGAGUUGAAAAUUCGAAAUCCACAAUUAUAUGACAGUGGAAUAUAUCAGUGUCAAGCGAUUAAUGGAUUUGGGCAUCGAGAACAAAAUUUCACUAUUACUUUUUAUGAUUCGACUGUUGAAGAUGAUCAUAAUACUGACAGCACAAUCAUACUUACUACUAAUGCUUCUCCACCAGUCUGGAAAAAUGAAACAGAAAUACGAGCUUGGAUGCUAAAUCCUGUACGAAUAACCGUUGGUGGAACUUUGUUAUUAAGAUGUCCUGCGAAAGGAAAUCCGUUACCAAAUAUUACUUGGUUAAAAGAUGGCAAAGAGCUCGAACGAGAAGUUACUAACCAUUAUUCGUCAGCAAUACUUUACUUAAAUGAUGUGCAACCAACCGAAAGUGGUAAGUAUGUAUGCAAGCUAAAUAACGAGUAUGGCAGCAUUGAAGCAACAUUUCACGUUUACGUGGAAAAUUUCUUCGAAGGAUUAGAUGGUGAAAGUUGGUCUAUUGAUCAGACCAAAGCUCAACUAUACCCGGUCAUUGAUGAACCUUUUAAUAAUACUGUUCGAGUUGGUCGUACAGCUCAGUUUCACUGUAAAGUAAAGAAUCAACAGCAACCAUUAAUUAAGUGGUUGAAACGAGUGGAAGAUCCUAAUGCGAUCCUUCGAAUAAAUGCAAAUGCCACGUUAAUCCAUGCAAAUAACAUGCAUCUUUUACUACUAGAAAAGCCAGAAACAACAACAGAGUUAUCAGAUGGAAUAACAUUAAAUAGGCUUAUCAUACCUAAUGUAAGACAUGAUCAUUCUGGAACAUAUCUUUGUGUCGUAACUAAUGCCCAUGGUGACAUUGCUUACCGAUCUGUAUACCUACAUGUUAUCGCAAAAUCAGAUAAUCAGUUAUUAAAUUUCUAUUUUUAUGGUGGAAUACUGUUAUUAGUAAUUUUGUUUAUUAUGAUUACUUACGCUAUUUAUUUUUUGCGAAAAAAUUACCAAGCGGCUAAAAAUGAUGAACGAGGUAUAACAAGCACUCGAUGUUCUUUUUCCCUAAGACCUCCACCUCCAAAUCUUCCUCCUCCGAAGGCACCUGCAUUACAUUCAGAGCAUCGACAGCUCAUGUCAAGUAGUCCUCCAUGUGAUCGAUAUACGGUAAAUUUAGCAGCACCGACGACUACACAUUAUCUCCAGUUUGCUAUACCUGAUAAAAACGUACAAAAAAUAGUAUCAGAAACAUCUACACGUCCCACUUCUAUUCGGCGUACAAAUGGUAGUGAUGGAAAGUAUCGAAUUAGAGAUGAUUACGUGGGAACAGCAAACUGGUUGAAUAAUAAAAUGGAUAGUACUGAAGCUGAUUUGGAUCAAAAUUUUAUAGCUGGUACCUCUAUGUAUGGCCACAAUCCACCACCAUUUUCUUAUGUUUCAACAGAUAAUUUUGAUAGGUACCAACAAAAACCUUUCCUUAUUGCUAGUAGUGUGCAAAAAAAAUGA